AUGCCAAAAGAAAAGAACUACAACCCCGUUCAAGAGGCCAAGAAGGCCGAGAAGCAGAAACAGAUAAAGAAACAGAAGGCCGCCGUCCAAGCUCAGCGCAAUGAGAAGCUCGCUCGGCGCAAUCCCGCCCGCAUCCAACGCGACAUCGAUUCUCUCAAAGCGCUCGCAGAGAGUGGGGACCUCCGGCCACAUGAGAGGCAGAGAUUGUCCGAACUGGAGAAGAAUCUUGCAGCGGUGAAUAAGGCGCGAGCUGCAUUGGGAGAUAAGGCGCCCCAGUUCAAAGAGUGGAAGGACCAUGGUGGUGAGAGAGGUGGCAGGGGUGGGCCACGCGGAGGGAGGGGCGGUGUCUUGGGGAAGCGGUCGAGGGAUGGGAGUUGGAAGGGGAGAGAUGGCGAGGAGAGUAGCGAUACGGAUCCUGAUGUUGCGCACAUUCCCAUGCCGCGAGAUACACCUCCUCCGAUACCACGGCGACGGAAGACGGAGGGCGAGCCUGCCGAGCCGCAAGCACCGCCUGAACCAAAGAAGGCUACUGUUGUCUACGAGGCGGAGCCGCAGCACAGAGAUUUGAGGAAGGAGGCAGCGAGGUUUGUGCCAGCAGCUGUGGCGCAGAAGUUGAAGCAGGCCAAGGGUCAGGGUCAAUCGCUGGAAGAGACAACAUCUGACAGACUGAAGAAGGAAGAGUACAUGGAUCAGGAGACAAGGGAGAAGAAGACUGAAGAUACAGACAAGGAGUUGGAGGAGUUCCUCAAACAGGUUGGCGAUGCUCCGCCUGAAAGUAACCAGAGCACGGUAACUGGGAACAACGAGAUAAAAGAAGCAUCGGCCGAGAUUGUCGGCAGAAAACCCCACCAGGUCACUCUUGAAGAAGUUGAGGACGAAGAUGAGUAA